UAUAAAUAUAUGGAGAAUAGAUCAAAUGUUGUGACGCUAGUGGAAGAGGAGCUCCCAACUUUACUGAGAAAAUCAAUAACGGAAGAAAUGGUUGGCUUUGACAGUUACAAAGGGAAUAGUCCUCUUCCUCACUCCAUCAGUCGUUUUCAUCCUUCUCAUGCCUCCACGACUACUUUGACUGAUCAAGGAGCAUCAAGAUCAUCAAGAGAAACGAUGGAAGCUCAUCACAACAACAACAAUGAAGAUCUCAAAGAGACAACACCAUGGGCGACGAUCAAUCAUCAAAGAAAACCAUCACUUUCAAUGCCAACUUCACCAAAUGUUCUCAUGAUCUCCGAUCCGACAUCUUCGUCUUCCGACAGCAACAACAACGGUGGGUCCACUGGCAAAUCCGUCAAGUUCCUCUCUCAGCCGAUGACCAAAGUCUCGUCUCUCUACAUAGAAUCCGGCAACGAUGAUAAAGAUCGUCUUCACCAUAGUGAUAAUCGUCAUCAUCUUCAGCAACAUCAUCAGAGCGCUCAUUUUCAAAAUCAAAAUCAAAAUCCGGCGAUGCAUAAGCUUAAGGAUCACAGGUACAACUCGUUCAAGACUUGGUCGGGAAAACUCGAGAGACAAUUCACAAGAAAACCAACUUCGGUUGAACCGGAGGCACCACCCCGGGAUAAGGAAGAUGUGAAUCACAAUGAAGCCAUGCCUGUGGACCGUUACUAUGCUGCCUUAGAAGGUCCUGAACUGGAGACUCUCCGGCCUCAAGAAGAGAUCGUUCUACCAAGCGAACAAAGGUGGCCGUUUCUUCUCCGUUAUCCGAUCUCCACCUUCGGUAUGUGCCUGGGAGUGAGCAGCCAAGCCAUAAUGUGGAAAACCCUAGCCACCGCGGAGCCAACAAAGUUCCUCCACGUUCCCCUCUGGAUCAACCAGGGUCUCUGGUUCAUCUCAGUCGCUUUGAUCCUCACCAUUGCCAUCAUCUACCUCCUCAAAAUCAUCCUCUACUUCGAAGCCGUUCGACGUGAAUACUACCACCCAAUCAGAAUCAACUUCUUCUUCGCUCCUUUCAUUUCAUUACUCUUCUUGGCCCUCGGUGUCCCACCUUCCAUCAUCACAGAUUUGCCACACUUCCUUUGGUACCUCCUCAUGUUUCCUUUCAUCUGUCUCGAGCUCAAGAUCUACGGUCAGUGGAUGUCCGGUGGUCAACGCCGGCUCUCCAGAGUCGCUAACCCGACGAACCAUCUCUCGGUCGUCGGGAACUUUGUCGGGGCGUUGCUUGGCGCUUCCAUGGGACUUAAAGAAGGUCCUAUAUUCUUCUACGCCGUUGGGAUGGCUCAUUACUUGGUUCUCUUCGUGACUCUCUACCAAAGAUUGCCGACCAACGAGACUUUGCCUAAAGAUCUUCACCCUGUCUUCUUCCUUUUCGUCGCGGCUCCUAGUGUUGCUUCCAUGGCUUGGGCUAAGAUCACUGGCUCCUUCGAUUAUGGCUCCAAAGUUUGUUACUUCAUAGCCAUAUUCCUCUAUUUCUCUUUGGCUGUUCGGAUUAAUUUCUUCCGUGGAAUCAAAUUUUCGCUGUCUUGGUGGGCGUACACGUUUCCGAUGACCGGAGCUGCAAUUGCAACCAUCAGGUACGCAACAAUGGUGAGGAGCACUAUGACUCAAAUCAUGUGCGUUAUCCUCUGUGCCAUUGCAACACUAGUCGUGUUCGCACUGCUCGUGACCACCAUCAUCCACGCCUUCGUCCUCCGCGAUCUCUUUCCCAAUGACAACGCCAUAGCCAUCAGUAACCGCCCGAAAACCAAACAGAGUAGCCACCACCGUUGGCUCGACCAACUCAGAAGCGCAAGCUCCGACAACAUCGAGAAUUUCUUGAAAUUCACCGACUCCGACAGCAGUCAUAGUAAUGAUCUAGAAGCUGCCAAUGCCAAAGCUCAAGAGAGUGAUCCAGCAUAAUCCAACAAAAAUCUUUUUAAAAAAAAGUGAUCAUACCCCCUGGUAUACGAGUCGUAGUAUCCAAGUUUUGGUUUUGAUGUGUUGUUGUCAGUGUCUCUGACACAAGUGAGGAACCUAGUAACGUAACUGUUGGUUGCUAUGGUUCUAAUGAGCAUGUGUAACUAGUUAGUAGUAAGCAAAUGGAUGUCUACGAUGGCGAACCUAUCCAAACGAAACCGAUAUCUCUUAAACUGGAACCCUUAUAAGGUUAUCAGAAUACUGUAUGUAAACUUGUUUUCUUUCAAAUAAAUAAAAAAGUUUUGAGGGGUUAUCAUUUUAUCAACAGCAUCGGAAAGUAUGAUCGCCAAAAGUUAUCAUGUGACACAAGAACUCGAGAUAUAUUGAAAAAUCUCAAUUUUACAUAAAAAAAAAGAUACAGAAACAGAAAUCGAGAACCUCAUGAAACAAAAGGCAUAGAAUCAAAGCUUGAACUCAGCAACAGACUACCAUUAGAACUCCAUACGUCCUAGGAACGAAUCUAAAAUUCUGAUAGAAAAGAGACAAAAAUCCUCAAAAAUCCUAGUUCCUGUACAAAAGAUUUUGAUGCAUACAUACCCGAGGAAGCUCACUUCAGUUCAGUACAGUUCAGUUCGGUUCCAUUCGUAUUUCGAUUUAGCCGCCAAAGAAAGAGAAGAAGCCGCGUUUCUUAGGCUCUUCCUCGACCAUAACAGCCUUCAUGCUAUCUUGCUCCACGAGUCUCCACGCCGCCUGCUCAAAAGCCAACCCCGCAAGCGUCGGAGGCUUGUUCAGAACAAGCGGAAACCCUCGAUUCGUGCUUCUGAUUACCUCAGAGUCUUCAGGAAUCACUCCGAGCAACGACAGUCCCAACAUCUCCUGCACGUCUAACACCGACAUCAUAUCCUCUCCUUUGAUCAUAUCAGUCCUCACCCGGUUCACAAUCAUCUUUAUAUCCCGGAUUCCGUCGCACUCGAGCAAACCCGUCACUCUAUCGGCGUCUCUCAGCGCUGUAAUGUCCGGUGUUGUUACCAGGACCGCUUCGUUCGCCGGAGUAAUGGCGGUUAUGAACCCGGCGUCGAUCCCUGCAGGGCAAUCGAUGAUGAUGAAAUCCGGAGAGCCUUCUGGUCUGGUUUUCAGGGCGUCGACGAGCCAUUCCAGUGCUUUCCCACCGAACCCCAUCGGAAGUUUCGAUCUAGGUUUCGAGAUACAUAGCAAUUCGAAAUUCGACCAGCGCUUAUCGCGCACCAGGGCCUGGUCGAGACGGCAGUCUCCGUUCAGUACCUCGACGACGGUGUAGUUGACUCGAUUCUCUAGCCCUAGGAGUAGAUCGAGGUUACGGAGGCCGAGGUCCGCGUCGAUGGCGACGACUGAGAAGCCGUAACGAGCGAGAGAGAGACCGACGUUUGCAGUGGUUGUCGUCUUUCCAACGCCGCCUUUUCCCGAGGUGAUGACAACGAUACGCGGCGUCUCUCCGGCGAGCUCCGGCUUGCGAUUAAACUGAAGAACGGAUCGAAUUGGACUCUGUCUGGUGUGGCUUUUGACGAAUCGUGGUAAGGAUAAUAAGGGUUUCGAGGAUAGCGGUGAUGGAAGAAGCGGAGAUUGAUGAUUCGUGGAGAAAACUCGAAGAGACGCCAUGGAGAGUGAUCUUCGACUGUCUCCAAAGAGACGGAAUGUUUUUCUGCGCGUUGUGGCUUAAGAGGGUUUACCGUUUAUCAAUAACUUUUGAGAUUCCGGAUUGUGU